ACCAACGAGCAAUAUAUUUAUAUUUCAGAUCGGAAGGAAAUUGAAGAACUUAAAACCGAUUCCUACAAAGAAAUUUGUUACGAGACUGAAUGGAAUAUCUGGAAUACCGUGUUUAAUGUGUCAAGCAAAAAGUAUAAAUUCUGCAUCAAACCGAAGUACACAGACCUUUGUACAAAUUUGACGACCCUCAGUUAUCCAACUUUGAACUUGUCCAAAUGGAUCGGUUUAGAAUACUUGAAUCCCCUCGACAUUAAAUUUGAAGUUCCCAAUAAACUUCCAGCAGAAAUCAACUGGACGAAUAAAAUGGGUUUAAAAUGUGAAGAUCUUGGAAUUAAUUUCACCUGCCAAGGCCCUGACACAACGAAAUACAAGCUGGAUGAGCUAGAGCCUUACACGAAAUACACAUGCACUGGUGUACUGUAUAACCUGCAUAACAAAACCAUUGCCAUUGAAAAGAAAGUCACCAAAGAAGUCAACAUCACUUGUGAUAUAAAACUGGAUGUGAAAAAUACAAAUAAAAACGUGUCAAUACGUUUUAACUGGACGGCAAGCAGCAAACAAUGUUCAAAUCUCUCACAGCAUAACAAACUCUCGUACAGUUGUAGCUGUGGCAAGGCUCAUCACGGUAAGGUCAUUUUUGUUACGUCUAUUUGAUCAUCUAUAUUCAUCCUCGUGAUUUUAGAUCUAUUAAGAUAUUUAUUUCAAUUCAAAUACAAAGAAAGAAACAAGCCAUGCAGUCUGUUCUACUGUUGGUCAAUGGUGUCUUCAUCUAUUUCUUUGUCUCCUUUAGCUCCCUCCUCAAAGGAGCGUUCUUGUGAAGUGACUGGUUUGCUGCCCUUCACUUUGUAUUAUUGCGAAAUUCAACCUUGUUUCAACGAUAAACCCAUUGGCACGGCAACCAAAAAACCGAGCAAAACCAGCGCUGGAGUGCCCAAAGACGUUGCAUUUAAAAGAACAACUCAGGUGGAGAACAAUGCCUUCCAGGUGGAAUGCACUGAUCUUAUAGAGGGCGAUUGGAGAGGUCCAAAAGGAUCGUACCGCGCCACAAUCACACCUGGAGUUCACAAGGAAAUACAAAACAGAAGUUGUUUUUUCCAAUUCCGUGAUCUGAGCUACUCCACGUGGUACAUGGUAUCGAUCUUUGCCGACAAUGGAGUGAAUUCCGGGGAAGCGUUGAAAGUCGAACUUCAGACCAGCUACAACGACAGAGUUCUGAUUGGGUUCCUGGUGUUCCUCAUCCUGCUCACGGCUCUGGCCCUGUCCUUUGUGCUCUACAAGAUCUACAUUCUGCAGCGCAAGAAGACACACCAGGAUGACGGUCUCCUGCUUACUCCACAGACAAACGAGGAAGACCAACUCAUGCAUCUGGAGCCCAUCGGGGCGGAGGUCCUGCUCGACGUCUACAAGAAGAAGAUCGCCGACGAGGGAAGGCUGUUCCUGGCCGAGUUUCAGAGCGUCCCCAGGAUCUUCUCCAGGAACACCAUGAAGGAGGCCAAGAGGUCAUACAACGCCGUGAAGAACCGCUACGUGGACAUCCUGCCUUACGACUAUAACCGCGUUCAGCUGACCAGUGGGAACGGAGAGCACGGGUGUGACUACAUCAACGCCAGCUUCAUCAACGGGUUCCAAGAACCGAAGAAGUACAUCGCAGCUCAAGGACCCAAGGACGAGACCGUGGCUUCCUUCUGGAGGAUGACCUGGGAGCAGAAGUCCUCCAUUAUCGUCAUGGUGACCCGCUGCGAGGAAGGGAACAGGGUGAAGUGCGCCCAGUACUGGCCGUCCACGACCAGCACGCCGGAGGUCUUUGAGGAGUUCGUCGUCAAGCUCAACAAAGAGGAGCAGUGUCCGGAUUACAUCAUCCGCCUUCUCACCCUGUCCAACAAGAGGGAUAACUCCGAGCGGGAGGUGACCCAGAUCCAGUUCACCAGCUGGCCGGACCACGGGGUCCCCGAAGACCCCCAACUGCUGCUGAAGCUCCGCAAGAGGGUCAACGCCUUCAAGAACCUGUUCAGCGGGCCCAUCGUCAUCCAUUGCAGUGCCGGAGUGGGCCGGACCGGGACCUACAUCAGCAUCGACGCCAUGAUGGAGAGCCUGGAGUCGGAGCGCCAGAUGGACAUCUACGGCUACAUCGUCAACCUGCGCAAGCAGCGCUGCCUCAUGGUGCAAGUGGAGACCCAGUACAUCCUGAUCCACCAGGCGAUGAUCGAGCACAACGAGUUUGGCGAGACGGAGAUCGGCCUGUCUGAGUUCCACAGCACCCUGAGCGUGCUGCAGGAGACGGGCUCUGGGGUGGAGACCAGCCUGCUGCAGGACGAGUUCAAGAGGCUGCCCAAGUACAACAACAGGAGGACCUGCAACACCGGACUCGCCGAGGAGAACCAGAAGAAGAAUCGCUCAUCCAUCCUUCCAUACGACUACAACAGAGUGUUCGUGAAGAUCGAGGAGGACCACAAUGAGCCCGACGACCGGGUCUACGAAGAGGAAGACGAGACCGCCUCCUCCUCCGAGGAAGACGAGGACUCCAUGAAAUACAUCAACGCCUCUCACAUCGACGGGUACUGGGGCUCCGGCAGCCUGAUCACAGCCCAGAGCCCUCUGGUCAACACCACCGCCGACUUCUGGCUCAUGGUCUUCCAGAAGAGAGCCGCGGCCAUCGUCAAUCUGUCCGACGGCACGCAAGGCGAUGCUGAGUGUUCUCCCUACUGGGGUCAGGAGAAGACGAAGUUUGAGGACAUCGAGGUGGAGGUGACGGAAACAGAGUGCACGCCCGUGUUCACCGUCCGCACCAUGCAGAUAUACCACACCAAGCGGAAAGAGAGCCGUCAGGUGAAGCAGUUCCACUUCCUCCAGUGGCCGACCCAGAAGCUCCCUGAGAGCGGCGGCCUGCUGACGGACUUGAUCCGCUCCGUCAAGCAGACCUGUGGCUGCAGCACGGGGCCCCUGGAGGGCCGCGGCCCCGUGGUGGUCCACUGCAGUGACGGCUCGCGGCAGUGCGCUGUGUUCUGUGCGCUGUGGAACCUCAUGGACAGCGCCCAGACGGAACGCAUGGUGGACGUCUUCCAGACCGCCAAGGCCCAGCGCAGGCAGAGGCAGGGCAUGAUCAGCAGCGUGGAGCAGUACCAGUUCCUGUACGAGGCGUUGGCGGCCGCCUACCCCGUGCAGAACGGAAGUGUGACGGCGGCGCCCGUUACCGUGGCCGCCGGGGACGCCGUGCACAUCGUCGACGAGACGGGACGAACCCAGGAGCCGGCCGGCAUUACCGCGGACGGCCAGCAGGAGGAGGCGGCGAGCACGCCUCUGAUGCAGAAGGAGGAGAAGGAGGAGAAGGAGGCGGCCGACAACGGGUCCACCGUUACCAUGGAGGUCUGAGGGAGUAGCAGGUGGAGAGGGGGGGGGGGGGGGGGGCUUUCCAGAACGCAGACACAGAUUGUAGAUAUCAGCAUACCGGUACCGGUAUUCAAGCAUACGCUGGGUUGGUUGAUGUUUUUCAUAUUUUAAUCUGUAUUUUUUGCUAUGCCAUUGGAUGCCUUCUGCAAUGUGUUAUUGCUUAAUUUAGUUAUGUAAGGGAAGUUUGUUUUUAACUUCCAUAUCUUAAACUGCUAAUAGUUUAAGUUUUCUUAAUACCUAAUGGCUGUUGUCAAACUAUGUAUUAUAUAUUUACGUUUAGUGCAGAGAACAAGAUUUAUUUAGUCUUUCUUGCCUUACUGCGAGUUUAAUUGGAAGGUUGUAUUUCAGGUAAAGUAUUUUAGGUAAGAAAAUCGAUUAAAAAAACAAAUGCAGCGCUCCUGCAUUUCGUGAAAAAAACGCUAGGGGUCGCCAAACGUUCGGCUAGGACACCAACGCAGACGAUGUGUUCAAUACUGUAGAUAAUUAUAUUGGUCUUUAUAGAUAUUUAAAUUUUGUCACCACACAGUAUUGAAUGCUUGAAUUAUUUUGAAAGACAAAAAGAACAACAGUGAAGCGAGUUGUGUAAUGCCUGUAUAAUGAUGAUGAUGUAUGAUUUGAUGGCAACAAACAUAAGCCACAGAAACAUGAUAAUGUAUUAAAGCGCUUCCUAAUAAUGAAA